GAGAUUUGGGGGUUAGUCUGCUGUGCUGCCUGUGGUAACGCCAGGCGGCCGUUUCUCGCGGGGCUAACUUCUUUCUUCCCGCCGAAAUCCCGCGAGAUCCGUACCAGUCAGAAGGUGUCGGUAACGGGAACGAAUCGCUCGCCGUGACAGGCCGGAGAAGUCCUUGGUGUGGAGAAAUACAGCACCUACAAGGGGAGAGGAGAGGCCGCACCGUGCUGACAGGCAGGACAGGAGGCCGUCACUCAUAACCACUCAGCCGGGGGAUACUGUGCGAGCCGGCCUGAGGAGGGGACAUUUGCCGUCAGAGGUGACUGCCCCGUGCCACUAGCACGCGGACCUACACGAAGGCGGUGAUUUGCUGGCCGAGGAGACCGCUGUACAGUCCAUAGACUCCCACACCACACGCUCACCCUGCCUGUGAGGGAUUCAUCACACCACCUGCUGCCCUCCAGCUGCCCGUGUGUGAGGGGAAGUGCCGGGUUUGCUUCACCGGGAGCUGCUCUGGGACUGAGGAUCCUCCUUACAAGUUUAUUAAAUCCUUGAGACCAAGUCUUCAAAACUUGUGCUCCCUAACACUGGCAGGGUGACUACUACUUUGCAGCCUCCAAAAAGGCACCCUACUCUCACCCCAGUGAACUCAGCAUAAGAGCGAUAAGGAACUGUUUUACUGCUGUCAUACCUUCAAUCAACGACAUUCUGGAAAAGUCAAAAAGUUGUGAAGGAGACUUUGUUAUAUGGAGGGAGGGUAGUUUAGCUGGCCUAAUUUUAUUCCCAGGUUGCUGCAACUCUGCUGCCUCUAUGCUGAAGUUAGAGGUCUGGUAAUUCUGUGAAUGAGGGAAGGAACUGGGUAGAGAGGAAAGAGGGCAGUUGUCUUCCUGAUCCAUAAAGGCUUGGCUAGGGAAAUCCCUCACAUUUUGUGGGGUUCACCCCUCCCCUCCCCUCUCCUCUCCCUUCCCCUCCCCCCUCCCUUUUUUCCUUUAGCAGAGGAAUGCCAAAUCCAGUGCGACAUGGGAACAAGAAGGACAGUGGAGGGUCUGUAUCUACAAUGCCGCAAACUAGUGGCAGUACCAAUAAUAAAGAACGGCAGCGACUUAGUUUUAAACAUAAGCGGCACAAAUCCAAACACCUCAAAGAUUCUCCAGUUACUCCUGAGCCUUUGGCUCCUAACACACUGAAGCUUGUCGAGUAUGAUGACAUUAGUUCUGAUUCUGACACCUUCUCAGAUGAUGUUCCAUCCAAGGCAGAUAAAAGGGAAAAUGAUGAGCGCAGAGGUUCUGAGAGGAGUGAUAAGAGUCAUAGAUCACGACAUCGCCAUCCACAUAAGAGGAUCAAAGAGGGCACCAAGACCAAGCAGUUGGAAAAAGAGCUUAAACCAGAGAAAAUCCAGGAUGCAGUCAUGAGCAAGGUACCAAUCUCCAAAGACAAGACCUCCAGUACGACCAAACGGGUGGUUGAGGUUCAAGAUGAACAUGGACGCAGUUCUAAGAGCAGCAACAAGGAGGUUCGGACAUCCAAGAUGCAUAGAGAGAAAUCUCGUAGGGAAAGAGAGAUUAAAUCUGGACACAAGGAUCGGAGCAAAAGCCACCGUAAAAGGGACUCAUCCAAGCGCUAUAAAACAUCAGAUAGUCCUAAGAGGAAAGUGCGUAGCCCACGCAGGAAAUAUGGAAGUAGCCCAAAGCAAGAUGAUAGUUACUCUGAUGCAUCAGGUAUGCAGGACUAUGAUGGAAGCCCACCACGUUCACAUGCCUCAAGUAACUAUGCAGAGGCCUACAAAAAAAGUGGAGACAGUCCCAACUACAAAGAACCUUCUGCCUACCAGAGUGGCGCUCGUUCCCCUAGCCCAUACAAUCGACGGCAACGUUCAGUAAGCCCCUACAGAAGGAGAUCUUCCAGCUAUGAGAGGGGGAGUGGAUCCUACAGUGGAAGAUCUCCUAGCCCUUAUGCACGCAGACGGUCCAGUAGUCCUUUUGUGUCCAAGCGCUCAGUGAGCCGGAGUCCAGUGCCCAGGAAGCCUGCCAAAUCUCGAAGUAGAAGUCCCAUGUACUCAAGGAAGUCUUCGUCUUCUCGCAGCAAGAAGCAAAAGUCUCAGUCACGAAGUCGCCAUUCCAGUAUUUCACCUGCCCGUUUGCCAUUAAACUCCAGCUUGGGGGCUGAACUAAGCCGCAAGAAAAAGGAACGUGCAUUAGCUGCCGCAGCAGCUGGUAGGGAGUCUAAGGGCAGUCCGUUGAUAAAAAGAGAAAUUGGAGAUGUGAGAGGCCUUUCAGUACUGGACUCAAAAAAGAUAACCAAAAUGAUUAAAUCUGAAAAAUCUGUCUCUGAUACAGAGCUUUCAGUUGCAGUUAAUGUGGAAACAAAAUCACUAUCUGUCUCCAUCAGGUCUGAUGAGAGUGAGAAAAAACCCCUAUUACUAGUCAAGGAAACAAAGGCAUCAGGUUUAAAAGACUGCAAACCUGACACCAACAAGGAGGAGGUAUUGACGCCAAAUGAGUGCGUGACUGAUGUAGAAAAGGAAAAAGAUGUACCUCCCCCUCCUCCACCUUUGAGAUCUCCUCAGCCCCCUUUGCCCACUUGCUCCCCUCCUAUCCCAACUCCUCCUCUUCCUCCUCUCCCUCCAGCUCCAUCUGCUCCUCUACAGCCCCCACCACCUCUUCCACCUACACCAACAUUGACAUUCCUUCCCCUGCCAACAACUGUGGCUGCCUCUUUGACUUCUUACAGCCACACCAGGACAUCAGCCAUAUCCACUCAGGCAAAUUCCCAGCCACCGUCAAUUUCCCCUGCGAAGUCCCAGACCCCUGUUACUCUUACUAUCCAACAUAUGAAAACGUCUACUCUUCCUCCAUUGCCACUUCCGCCAUUAUUGCCAGGAGAAGAUGACAUGGAGAGUCCCAUGGAGAUUAUCCCUCCUAAGCCUGUCAAGAAGAAUAAGGAGCACAGACCCCGGCAUCUCCUAACAGAUCUCCCUUUGCCACCUGAACUGCCAGGGGGAAAUCCUUCACCUCCUGAAUCGCCAGAUCAUAAAGUGGUAACACCUCCACAACAACCUGCAAGAAAAAGACCAAAAAUAUGUUGUCCUCGUUAUGGUGAAAGGAAACAAAAAGAAAUUGACUGGGGUAAACGUUGCGUGGACAAAUUUGAUAUUAUUGGUAUCAUUGGUGAAGGAACCUAUGGUCAGGUGUACAAAGCCAAGGACAAAGAUACUGGAGAGCUUGUGGCCUUAAAGAAAGUGCGUCUAGAUAAUGAAAAAGAGGGAUUCCCGAUCACUGCAAUCAGAGAGAUUAAAAUUCUUCGGCAACUCAUACACUGUAGUGUCGUCAACAUGAAAGAGAUUGUAACUGACAAGCAGGAUGCCCUGGACUUCAAGAAAGACAAAGGUGCCUUUUACUUGGUGUUUGAAUACAUGGACCAUGACCUGAUGGGGCUUCUAGAGUCUGGUUUGGUGCAGUUCUCAGAAGACCAUAUAAAGUCCUUUAUGAAACAAUUGAUGGAAGGACUUGACUACUGUCACAAGAAGAACUUCCUGCACAGAGACAUCAAGUGCUCCAACAUCUUACUAAAUAAUAGUGGGCAGAUCAAGCUAGCAGAUUUUGGACUUGCAAGGUUAUACAACUCAGAAGAAAGCCGCCCAUACACAAAUAAAGUGAUAACACUUUGGUACCGACCUCCUGAACUGCUUCUAGGAGAGGAACGAUAUACCCCCGCAAUAGAUGUGUGGAGUUGUGGCUGUAUCUUGGGUGAACUGUUCACAAAGAAGCCAAUAUUCCAGGCUAAUCAGGAGCUGGCUCAGCUAGAACUGAUCAGUCGUCUCUGUGGAAGUCCUUGUCCAGCUGUCUGGCCAGAUGUCAUCAAAUUACCGUAUUUUAACACCAUGAAACCGAAGAAGCAGUACAGACGAAGGUUAAGGGAGGAGUUUUCCUUCAUUCCUACUCCUGCUUUGGAUCUGCUGGACCACAUGUUGACACUGGAUCCCAACAAGCGAUGCACUGCAGAGCAGGCUCUUCUAAGUGACUUUUUGAAGGAUGUAGAUGUUGGCAAGAUGCCACCUCCAGAUCUCCCACACUGGCAAGACUGCCACGAACUGUGGAGUAAGAAGCGCAGAAGGCAACGGCAGAGUGGCAUUACUUUAGAAGAGCCUCCUGCCAUUAAGGCUCCACGAAAAGAAAAUGUUAUUACUCCUGGAAUAGACAGCAUAAAAAACAGUAGCCCUGCACCACUUCAACCAGUGAAUGCAGAGUCUGGUACUACCGACAUAGCUAUCUUGGGUGAUAUCACACAGCAGCUAAAUCAGAGUGAACUGGCAAUCCUGUUGAAUCUUCUCCAAAGUCAAACAGACCUCAGUGUCACACAGAUAUCCCAGCUGCUAAAUGUUCAGGCCAAUCCAGACAUGCAGCAGCAACUUGAGGCUCUCAACCAGUCCAUCAAUGCAUUGACCACAACUACCACUUUAACUUCAGAGGUGGAAGAAAUUCCACCCCCAGAGCAAGCAGAAUCAGAGCUGGGAAAUCAGGGAGAAGUGCAAAACGUUCUAGCUGUUCUAUUGAGCCAGCUUAUCAAACCCCAGGAGUCAGUGGAAGCUCCUGGGGAGAGCAAUGGAGAGCAGAGUGGAAUUAAUCCAACUGUACAGUUAAAACCCGAGGAAGAAGAGGAAGACGAAGGCGCGGUGUUGGAGGAGGAUGACGCAGAUGGUGUCAAAGGAAGUAACCUUUCCCCAGCUUGUCAUCCACGUAUCCUGCCACCAGAAAAGCGACCGCCUGAGCCACCGGGGCCACCGCCUCCACCACCACCGCCCCUACCUGAAGGAGAUGUUCCAAAUUCUACUCCAGUGGUUACAGCUGCCCUGAUGCAGUUUUUCACUCAGCCUGAAGUAGAGCCUGAACCUGUGAAGGGUGGUAGAGACAGCCACAGGUUGCCCUCAGACUUUUCACGGGAACUGUCCUCUAGGACUUAUAGCUCUGAGGGGUUAGAGGACAUAUUUAAUGUAGGGCCAGAAGACAGAGACUCAGGUCAGCUGCUUGGGGAAAAUUCCCCUCAAUCAGUAGAGAAAAGCAGGACAUUCCCAGUACAGCUGGGGGAAUCAAGUGGUUACCAGGGAACAGGAUCCCUACAGUUCCCCGGGGAUCAGGACCUCAGGUUUACAAGGGUCCCUCUAGGAAUGCACUCUGGCACAGUGCAUCCACCUGGACAAAUAGAGGGGAGCAGUAACAGUUCUCACCUUUACCAAGAAGCCAAAAUCUCGAACUACAGUGAGUUGGGGUCAGGGACUGCAGCAGCAGGAACAAACCAGGCUUGGGUGGCCCCAUCUCAGGCAUUCAACAAGACAUACAGAGCACCCACUCACGUUCCUCCAAGAGGUGGGCGGGGAAGAGGAGUCCCUUAUUGAAAACCUGUGACACUGCCGUAAAACCUGAAUUCUUCCGUUCUGCUUCCCAGUAGGGUUACAGAUAAAACUGCAGCUUAUUGUAGUAGCUGCAGUAGUUAUAUACCCACAGAGCCUUGCAAAUUGAUUAGGUUUGCAAAAAAGGGGAAGUGAGAGGAAAGUGGGACUUUCUUGGGAAUGGUCAAUUGCUGCUUCACUAAUGUGUUUUGAACGAAUACGCUGUGACCUAGUUUUUGCAUCCCUUAUUCAUUGUUCUGUGUCCAAGUUUUGUCACUUGGACAUGUGAUGGUUCACCAGAGAUUGCAAGCAUUGUUAUUUAGAAAAUGGUUAAAGGCGGGCUGUAUAACGCAGAAUAUGUGUUUUAAGAUAAUCUCUUCUGCCACCAAAAGGGCUCACAAUGCUAUAGGUAUUGUAGGUCCCUUUGGCAUCUUAAGUGGUAAGUGGCACCUCUCAGGAAUCUAACUCGAGAGAAUCCACGUGAAUGCAGCUGGCUGUGUACAAACUUGUUUUCUUUUUAUUUUAAGACAAGUGGGGUUUUAUGUUUUUCUUGUGUCAAACUGUUGGAUUAUACAUGAAAUGUCAUACUUUUCCCCAACCAAAAUCUUUUUUUUUUUUUUUACCUCUUCCCAGAACAUCCUUCUGCCCUUAGAUAAAAUACAGACCACACCAAUGAAUAGAUAUUUCUGUUAUGCCCUUUUGAGUUUAUAUAAUAUAUACUUAUAUUUCUUUUUUUCUUUAAAGUUGUAUUUUUUUUUUCCUAGGGCUAAUUUAAGCCGAUAUGACACAAACUCCUGACUUGUUUUUUUUUGUCCCCUUGCCUCUUCCUUUUUAUUCCUCUGUUCUCUGCUUGACGCCGUGAAAGUUGAUCAUUUUUUUUUAAAGUUGUAAAAGGGCCUAGAGAAAUAAACAAGAAUUACUAAAAUGAAA